CCGGCCCCGACGGGCAGCGGCUUGGGGCGUGCAGUCCGGCGCGGACACACGGGGCCCCAGGACCAGCCUCCUGCCUCGGACAGGCAGGUUGACGGACAGAUACCCUGUCCUGUCCUUUCCUCCCUCCCGGGCACACUCACUGCCCUGGCCCCUGCCUCCCUCCCUCCCUGACACACACACACACGCCCCCAAACCUGCGGGCUUUCCUGCAGCUCUGAAAAGUUCUGCCUGUCCGUGUGUGUCCGUGUGUCCAAAAUGGUCCCGGGGGCGUCGGUCUGGGAGCGGCAGCGGGAUGCGGCGGCGCGGGUCCAGCCCUUUCUCCUCGGCUGAGGCGGGGCGGCCCCGACGGGGGCCCGGAAAGGCGUCUGCAGCGGCGGAGGCGUCCAGCUCGGCGAUGCACGGGGUCGAGGUGUGGCUGCUGGCGCUGGCGCUGGCGCUGUGGCUGAGGCCGGUCCCGGGCGCCCCCGGCUCCGGCCCCCGGCGUCCGGCGCGGGCCCGGGCCUGCCCCGACCGGGCGGAGGAGCAGCUGGAGCAGCUGUACGGGCGGCUGGCCGCAGGCCUCCUCGCAGCCUUCCACCACACCCUCCAGCUGCCGCCCGGGACCCAGCCCCGCAACGCCACCUGCCCCGCACCCGCCGGACCCAACGGCCCCAACGGCCCCGGACACCGCCUCCCGCUCAACCUGCGCAGCAUCUCCCCCUGGGCCUACAGGAUCUCCCAUGAGCCCAGCCGCUACCCCCGGUACCUGCCCGAAGCCUACUGCCUGUGCCGCGGCUGCCUGACGGGGCUGUCCGGGGAGGAGGACCUGCGCUUCCGCAGCACCCCCGUGUACGUGCCCACGGUCGUGCUGCGGCGCACGACGGCCUGCGCGGGGGGCCGCGCCGUAUACGUCGAGGACUACGUCACCGUCCCCGUGGGCUGCACCUGCGUCCCACAGCCGGCCAAGGAACCCGGCAGCCUCGACUCCAGCCCAAACCAGCCAGCGCUGAAGCAGCUAGGGAGCCAGAGGGACCAGCUUACCACCACCUGACUCGGGGGAGCAGCCGAAGGGCCCCCAGCCACAGGGGAAGGUCACAAUGGGGCAAGGGAAGGGGUCUGACGGGGGAGAAGGAACCCAGAUGCAGCGGUGGUUCUGUCUUCCUCUGGCCUUCUGUGUAAACACGUCCAAGGGCUGAAAGGCAGCACCCAAGGAGACAACGGGGUGAUCCCCCCCUCGCCCUGGGGCAGGCAGGGCUGAGCAGGAUUGAACCACCCUUGGAUUCACAGGGGAAAGUUUACUUCUCCAAACAGUGGAGCAGGGUGGCCCCACCCCAUCAGCCGUGCCAGUCGGCCCUGCCUCACCAGCUUUGUGUGUGGCAUAUUGGGGCCCAAGUCUGGGCAGCGUUAGCUGCCCGCCUGGUUGCCUGAACUGGACAUCCCAAUGCCAGGAGGGUGGAGGUGGGGUGGGGUGGGGGGGGAGCCACAGCUGACCCUGGCACCCACCCAGCACUUCCUGCAAAUAGUGAAAUAAAAGUGACUGAGCUUCCCUCC